AUGGCGGCCUUGAUGCUCCUGCGCGCCACGCGCCGCCGAGACCUCGCCUCGCCACUCGCCACCUUUCAGCUGACCACCAACGUCCAAUCAACAUAUGCUGCUGCAAAUGUGUGCUCCAGAUGGGCUACUUUUGCAAGAGCUUUCAGUGCAAAGCCAAUUGGAAAUGAGGUUAUUGGAAUUGAUUUGGGAACGACCAACUCAUGUGUCGCGGUUAUGGAGGGAAAGAAUGCAAAGGUGAUUGAGAAUUCUGAAGGCGCCAGAACUACACCGUCAGUUGUUGCCUUUUCUCCGAAAGGAGAGCUACUCGUGGGAAUUCCAGCCAAGCGGCAAGCAGUGACCAACCCACAGAACACCUUCUUUGGCACAAAGCGUAUGAUUGGGCGUCGUUUUGAUGACCCACAGACGCAGAAGGAGAUGAACAUGGUACCAUAUAAGAUUGUGAAGGCUCCCAAUGGAGACGCUUGGGUUGAGACCACAGAUGGCAAGCAGUACUCGCCCAGCCAGAUUGGUGGCUUUGUGCUGACCAAGAUGAAGGAGACAGCUGAGUCUUACCUUGGCAAGUCUAUUUCCAAGGCUGUCAUUACCGUUCCAGCUUACUUCAAUGAUGCUCAGAGGCAGGCCACCAAGGAUGCUGGCCGUAUUGCUGGGCUUGAUGUCCAAAGGAUCAUCAAUGAACCAACUGCUGCUGCUCUGUCCUACGGAACAAACAACAAGGAGGGUCUGAUUGCUGUAUUUGACCUUGGAGGAGGAACCUUUGAUGUCUCGAUUCUAGAGAUCUCUAAUGGAGUGUUUGAGGUCAAAGCAACAAACGGUGACACUUUCCUGGGUGGAGAAGACUUUGACAAUACUCUGUUGGACUUCUUAGUGAGGGAGUACAAAAACACUGAAAAUAUUGAUCUGUCAAAGGAUAGAUUGGCCCUGCAGAGACUGCGUGAAGCAGCUGAGAAGGCGAAAAUCGAACUCUCCUCAACUACCCAGACUGAAAUCAAUCUUCCCUUCAUCACUGCUGAUGCCAGUGGAGCAAAACAUCUGAACAUCACACUGACAAGAUCAAAAUUUGAGUCUCUGGUGAACAGUCUGAUUGAGAGGACCAGAGAGCCAUGCAAGAGCUGCUUGAAGGAUGCCGGCAUAACCACCAAGGAUGUUGAUGAGGUCCUUCUCGUCGGUGGAAUGACAAGGGUUCCGAAAGUGCAGGAGAUAGUCUCUGAGAUCUUUGGCAAGGCCCCUAGCAAAGGAGUCAACCCAGAUGAAGCUGUGGCCAUGGGUGCUGCUAUUCAGGGUGGCAUUCUCCGUGGAGAUGUGAAGGAGCUUCUUCUCCUUGAUGUUACCCCGCUGUCACUUGGUAUUGAGACUCUUGGUGGUAUCUUCACCAGACUGAUUUCCAGGAACACUACCAUCCCCACCAAGAAAAGUCAGGUGUUCUCAACCGCCGCUGACAACCAGACGCAAGUGGGCAUCAAAGUGCUGCAAGGCGAGCGCGAGAUGGCAACAGACAACAAGCUCCUGGGCGAGUUUGACCUGGUGGGCAUCCCGCCGGCACCUAGGGGCACGCCGCAGGUGGAGGUGACGUUCGACAUCGACGCGAACGGCAUCGUGACGGUGUCGGCCAAGGACAAGGCGACGGGCAAGGAGCAGCAGAUCACCAUCCGGUCGUCGGGCGGGCUGUCGGAGGCGGAGAUCCAGAAGAUGGUCCAGGAGGCUGAGGUGCACUCGCACAAGGACCAGGAGCGCAAGGCCCUGAUCGACGUUCGGAACACGGCGGACACCACCAUCUACAGCGUGGAGAAGAGCCUGGGCGAGUACCGGGACAAGGUCCCCGCGGAGGUGGUGUCGGAGAUCGAGGCGGCCGUCGCGGACCUCCGCGCCGAGAUGGCCUCGGACGACGCCGAGAAGAUCAAGGCCAAGAUGGACGCGGCCAACCGGGCCGUGUCCAAGAUCGGGCAGCACAUGUCCGGCGGUGGCGGCGGGGCUGAGGGUGGUGAGCCAGGGUCGCAGCAGGGUGGUGGUGGUGGCGGCGACGAGGCCCCUGAGGCGGAGUACGAGGAGGUGAAGAAGUGA